AUCUGUCCGAUUCAGUCGCACGGUCACCCCGUCCCUUCCUCGUCUUCAUCGAAACUUCCUCGCUCCCCUCAAUCGGGCCCCACCCACUGCGAGUCUGCGACCCACCUUCCCCUCCUCGCUCCCGCUCCGCUCACUCCUCCCUCCUCACUGCAUCAAGCUUCAACCACACCCCCCGGCCCGCUCUUCUUCGUCUUCUUCGUCCGCGUUCGUCGUUGACCCACAAAUCAAGAUCCGCGCGAGUCUCCGAUGGCUGCGUCGCCGCCGGCGAAUAUCGAGCUCCGGCCGCUCGGCAGCACGGGGCUGAAGGUGAGCUGCGUCGGCUUCGGCGCGUCCCCUCUGGGCAGGGUUUUCGGCCCCGUCUCCGAGGACGAGGCCGUCGCUUCCGUCCGCGAAGCUUUCCGCCUCGGCAUCAAUUUCUUCGACACCUCCCCGUACUAUGGAGGAACGUUGUCAGAGAAGAUGCUGGGGCUGGCACUUAAAGCUUCAGGUGUACCAAGAGAUCAGUACGUUGUAUCAACGAAAUGUGGACGUUAUAAAGAGGGCUUUGACUUUAGUGCCGAGAGAGUGACAAGGAGCAUUGAUGAGAGUUUAGAAAGAUUGCAACUUGAUUAUGUAGAUAUACUUCAAUGCCAUGAUAUUGAAUUUGGCUCCCUGGAUCAGAUUGUCAAUGAGACUAUUCCUGCACUUCUGAAACUGAAGGAAACCGGAAAGAUCCGUUUCAUUGGCAUUACUGGACUACCAUUGGGAAUCUUCACAUAUGUGCUUGAUCGUGUGCCACCACGUUCAGUCGACGUAGUCCUUUCUUACUGCCGCUUCAGUAUCAAUGACAAUACCUUGGAAGAUUUGCUGCCAUACUUGAAGAGCAAAGGUGUUGGUAUAAUAAGCGCCUCUCCCCUAGCAAUGGGGCUUCUUACUGAGAGUGGUCCACCAGAGUGGCAUCCAGCUCCCCCUGAGCUAAAGUCUGCAUGUCAAGAUGCUGCGGCCUUUUGCCAGAAGAAAGGAAAGUACAUCUCAAAGUUAGCCAUGCAAUACAGUUUGACAAACAAGGAUAUUUCCUCAGUGCUGGUUGGCAUGAACUCUGUCAAACAGGUCGAGGACAACGUCACUGCUGCAACGGAGCUGGUGUCUGCGGGAAUGGAUCAAGAAACACUGUCAGAGGUCGAGGCCAUCCUCAAGCCGGUGAAGAACCUGACCUGGCCUAGCGGGAUCCAGCAGAGCUGAGAGUUGGUGUCAUUCUCAACAUUUGAAUUUGCUCGUGACAUUGUGUUCCCUCUUAUCCCAUUUCCUCUCUUGAACUGGUCAUCAUGAAAUAUGUUGCAUCAAAUUCCGACAUAUCUUAUCCGACAAAGUGCUUCUCAGUCGAAGCUCUCUUUCCACCUCCUUUUCGUGGCUUGAAAUUGAGGGAAUGCAUCAGAUGAAAGACCCAAAUCCAAUGCGUUGAUAAUGCAAUUUUUCUUUUUCUUUUU